AUAAAAACAUACAAUGGCCAAUGUUUUACCUUAUGUCAACAUUUAGAUUCGCGUUCGGUAUAUUGUUAUUAAUUCAAUUCUAUGAAAGAAAGUUUGUUAAAUAUUUUUAUUUUGAGAUUAAAUACUUUAUCAAGUCAAUGUUCUCAUUGUGUUGUAAUAAACAUUUAAAACAAUGGUUUUGUGUGUCAAAUAAACAUUUACAAAUCCAAAAUGUCUGCAGAAAUUGAAUUGGCUGAUACUUUAUGUACAACAGAAGACGCAUUUGAAAGCUUUCAGGCAAAAGUUUCUCACGAAGAAGAAGAGUAUGUAACACUGUCUGACUUAGUAUCCCCGUCCGACAAAACACAUGCGAAGGUAGAUGAGGUGACUGUCGAAUCUAUUGGCGAUGAAAAUGGACCCUGUGAGUCCAACUUGGAGAAGAUUAUAGAAACAGCUAAAGACUAUUCAAAUGAAGUCAUUGACAAUCAUUUUAAACAUAGUCUAAGUAAUGAAUCAACUGAGCAUAAUAUUUUAAUUGAGACAAAUAGUGACAUUACUGAUUCUUUUAACAACAGUAUUGAUAAAAACAAAAGCCGAGCAGGCAAUAAAAUCCAAACGUCUGCACAAACAGAAACAGUGCCCCAAAAACGGAAACGUGGUAGACCCAAAAAGUGUAUUGAAACAAGUGUAAAAGAUGUUUCUUUGGAUAGUACUCCUUUGAAAACUAGGACAGGUAGGAGAAACAUUACAGAGACCAAAACCAAUUCCACAAUAAAUUUUAAUAGCAUAGAAAAUGUGGACAAUGUUCAAAUAGUUUCUUCCACUAUAAAUGAUUCAGUCCUUAAUGACACCAAACGAAAAAGAAGAAGACCAAUUAAAUAUGCAAAUGAACUAGUUGAACCAGAAAGUAUAUCAAGCAUCCCAGUAGAAAGGGAUGAAUCAUCAAUAAAUACCUCUAAAGGUAAGCUUAAGGGUGUGAUGAAGAAAAAGGCAAAAGGUAAUAAUAUAAAAUCUAAAAAAAAUGAUUCAGAAGCCAUAAUUAAAACUUUAGAGAGUACAGUUGAUUCCAGAGAUAAUAUUGUUGAUGAUGGUAUUAAGAUGAAUUUGACUGAAUGUAAACUACAGAAUGAUGCAAUAGACUCUAGUUCUCUUUUGGUGGAAAUGAAAAAGGAUAAUUACCUUGAUGAAACAGAUGAUAUCUGCUUAAGUCGACUUAAAUCUAUAUGUGAAAUAAAUCCAAUCAAUGAUACAAACAUGAUUGAGAGAGAAAUCAAUGACAAAGAGCAUGAUCUGACACCUAGAGAACAGGAAACUGAAAUAAAAAAAAGGACACCAAAAAAAGCUAUUAUGAAUGAUAUUGAAUGUAGUACUGUAAACAAUGAUAUAAGUAAACCUGCAAUGGAUAUAGAUAAUAUUAAAGUGCAGGUUGACACUAGACAAAAUGAGACACAAAAUCUUGAAUUAGAAGCCCUAGACCCUACUAAACGUCCAGUACGCAGACGAGCUAAGCAAGUUUUCAAGUAUGAUGAAGAAUCUGAUGAAGACCCUUUUGCCAAUGUUGAGCUGUCUGAUGAUGAACCUCAUAGAAGGAAAAAGGGAAAAUAUAAUUCUGAUGAUGAAUAUGUACCAGGAAAGAAAUAUGUUUCCUCAGGAUCAUCAUUAGAUUCUGACAUGGAAAGAAAUGAAUAUGAUGAUGAUAAGAAACAGAAGAAAUGGAGAUUUAAAAAGCUUGAUAAAAGUAAUAAAAACAAAAGUCCUAAAAAAAGGAUUAACAAGAGUGGAUCUUCCCAUGGAAGGUCGAACAACUCCAAAACUGAAUCUGAAAUUCUGGAUGUUGAUGUAGAAGAUAGUUUAGAAAGCUCUGUAUUAAUUAAAGAAACAUCAAAUAGCUGGGAAACAUCUUCUAACAUAACAGACUAUCUUGCAAAGAAAAUUCAAGGAACUGAUAUAAAGAUUAUGAAGGCCAAACCAUCGGAAGGUCCAAUAACAAAAUUUGAAAUACCAGUUUUGAAUCAAAAUGAACCUAAAAAGACAAAAGAAAGUGAUACACAAACAAAGUCCAUAGUAAACAUAUCCAAAACUACACAAACUGAUUCGCAUCAAGCCUUGCCGAUGAAGAAACAAGUGAGUCUGUCUUUGGAUCAAACAGAAAGGGCAUGUGAAUUUUUGAGGAACAUUGUUGAAACAACGGCUGAAUUAGGUGAGCUUAUGACACAAAAAUCCCGUGAUUUUAUUGAAAAGAAAAUUAAUACCACAAAUGUCACCGAUACAUUUAAAAUGGACUACUGUGUUAAAAAAUCAUUUCUCUUGUUUAAACUUGCCAAGCACAAUUUAAUGCAAAUGGAACAAGAUUUGGAAACCAAAUAUGAGGAAUUUUUACAGUCAAAUAAUCUACUGCAAUAUAGGGAACAACAAAAAGUCAUCACACCGCAACAGGAAGCCAAAGAAGAUAGUGAUUGUGAAAUUGUGGAAGAAAUAACUCCUGUUAAACCACAUACAAAAUCAAAAUUUAAUCCCAAAACUGUAUUCCUUAACAAGGAGCUGUCCAUUAAAAUUGCAAAAACUGCCAAACCAUCCCCCAAGUCAACAGAAAACCAUAAUAUAAAAGGCAGACAUACUGUUUGGAUUAAUGAAUCUGUGAUGGUAAAAAAAGUACAACCUACACAGUCUUUUUUAGCCCAGGACAGCCGAAAUAAAAAACCGCCUGAUUUUAUUACUUUAGAAAUGGUAAAAAACUUUUUUGACAAUUACUAUAGGCAAAAAGAAGUGUUGUCUAUAUGUCGUCGUUAUACAUCAUUGGAAUGGAUAUCCAUUAACAAAAGUUAUGUUUGCAAUUAUUUUGUAAAGGAUGCUUCUGAUCUUGAAAAUGAUAUAAGUGACGAAAUAUUUACUCUGACUGCAAGUAAUGUAGGAACUACAAGUAGUGAUUUCGCUGUAAAAAUCAAAGCUUCACCUAGUAAUAUAUCUCCAAAACGUUUGUUGACUUUAUGUACAGAGUCGAUUCAAAAGCAUUUGAAUAUUUUAAAAAAAGAUGUUAAAUCAAAGAUAGUUUAUAAUGAAGAAGAAAAUACUCUAGUAAAUCAACAUAUUGAUGUGUGUCAUAAAACUUUAUAUGUACAGAAUGACACAAAUGAUAAUAUAGAUUUAAUAAGGACCAUAACACCUAAAAGAUGUAUUAAAUCUCUUAAAACAAUAUGUAUUUUAAAAAUAAACAUAUUUCUGAAUAAGGAACAUUUAGAAACUCAAUCUGUAACCAGCAUUACAAAAACAUCACAUAAAUCUGAACAUAAAGAUAAUAAGGAUCAGGUUUUUCAAGUCCCUUCUUUGUCUUUGUCAUGCUUUAAAAUUAUACAAGGAUGUUUUUCACCAUUAUUGGAAGAAAUUCCCUUAUACUCUGUAAAUUCUUUAAGCUCACUUGCAAUAAAGACAAUCAAUGCACAGAUGACCCAAAAAUCAUUUUGUGACUGUGAAUAUUUUUUACCACUUGUGAAAGAAAUUCCCUUAUACUCUGUAAAUUCUUUAAGCUCACUUGCAUUAAAGACAAUGAAUGCACAGAUGAUCAAAAAAUCAUUGAAUGACUCUAAAAAUUAUGAAACCAAAAAUAAUUUACAAAGCGAUACAGGAGAUACCUUGGCUUUAAAAAUAAAUUAUAUAAGUUCUAUAACAGAAGAAGAUUUUUCUACUCUCCAAGUUCCCCAGAUUGAUUCUGCUCAGUCUAUCCAUAGUUAUAAUGAAGAUGAUGAUGAUAGUAUAAAUAAUGAAGAAGACACAUAUUUUAAUAAUGACGACAACUUGCUAUUUGCUAAUGAAGAUGACACAUACAGGGAAGACUUUAAUUCAGAUGGAGACUUAAUACAACAGCUAGGCACUGAAGACUCUAAUUGGGUUUCUUUAGUUCAAAUGCAGGAAUUACGUUCUUGUGUUCCAUCCAUAGUUAAUAGUAAUCAGGAUUUUUCUGAGACAGAUAACCAAAUUGUUUCUUCAGAACAAAGUACAAUUUCAAAAAUAAAAAUCGAGCCUGAGGAACCUGAGUCUGAUAUAAAUGUAAUGAAUAUAAAAGCAGAGCCACAAGAAGAAGAGGAGAUGCCGCUUCCAACAGCGCAUGUCAUGACUAAGGAAGAGCAUAUAGAAGAAAUUACUCGAGUUAUUGAUGAACCUCGACCGAAAUUAUCAAGACAAAAUAGUAAGUCAUACAGUGAAGAUUUGUUUGAGUCUUUUGUUAGUUCGAAUAAAAUAAUAAAAGACAUAUCUACAACAUAUAUGAUGAACAAUGAUGAAAUUUACAGUCAAAGCUCACAGCGUAUUAGACGUCAAUAUGAACCUGAUUCUGAUGGUGAGAUAACUACUUUUAACGAUGAUAUGGGCUUGCUUGUUCCACAAAGCAUCGAAGUUGUAAAAGAUCAGUUAAUGGAAAAUAGCUCAGAUGAAAGUAGUAACAGAAAACAAGUUAAAAAGAAAAGUGCGAAACCCUUGAAAUUGAAAAAGAAUCCUAAAGAGCUUGUUAAAGAUAGACCCCCUGUGGUUGGAAAUGAUAUUACUGUUCGAACAAGAAAAAUGAAAGAAAAAAUACGACAACUGGAGAGGAAAAAUGAUUCUUCGGAUUCAGAAACAGAAGAAAUUCCACUUCAAGCAAGGCGUGUAAAACAUCAAGUAUGUGAGAAAUCAAAAGUUACUGAGGAGAAAGUUCAAGAAAAAACUAAGAUUCCAGUACAAUGCAGUGAAGUAGACUCAACUGAACAUAUUUCUUCCGAGAUUGUUAAUCAGUCAAGUAGUGUUAACACAAGGAAUCCAAAGAAACUCAGAAUAUGCACUACUCAAGGAAUAUCUCGAAAUCAAUCAAAUGAACAAUUAUGUCCAGAUGUGAAUCUGAAUGUUCCAUCUGAACUAUUAGAAUGUGAACCAGAUAUAGCUGUUGAAGAUGAACCAAUUAAAAACAUAACUUAUAAAGAUACUAUAGAUAAAAGUACCGAAAACGAUGUAGUAAAAAUUUGUGAUAAAAAUAGUGAAGCAGAGUAUAUUGAUAGAUAUGGAUGGAAAUGUUACUGUAUAAAUCCCAGUGAUCCUAAGAUAUAUGAAAAUUCGACAGUAGUUUUAGAAAAACUUCCCGAAUCCUUUGUAGAUACUUAUUUAAGAUUUCAAGACAUGGAGGAUGAUAGUGAUGAUGAUAAUGAUGAUGCGGAAGUAAACAGGUUAAUAAAUUUGGCUUCUUUGACCAGACCUUCCGCAAAAGAUAGAACUCGUGUGAAAAACCACGACAGAAAUCUUAGUAAUAAACUUCCUAAAUUAGGAGAGGAUAAUGCAUCAAGUUCAGAAAAUAUGAAUGACGAUGAGCACUGUGCAGAACUAACACCAUCUGAAGAUGAAGAUGAUGGCCAUGACUAUAAUGAUAUACCUCAAUCAGCCCCCCGAAAUGCUGAAAAUUGCAUGGCAAAGAAUAUACUAAUGGAUGAUAAUGAGAGUGAUUCAGAACAAACCAACAAAUUCGAUGAGAAUAUUAAUAUUAAACAAGAGCCUGGUACUAACGUCGCUCCUACAGUCAAAGUGACACCAGGUCCUAAGUCAAAAGCUAAAGAUGCUAAACCAAUCAAUGAAGAUCCUGUUAUGCUCACUGCUAAUAUUAUGAUGAAUUCAGAACUGACAUUACUUCACACCCCAGUUGUAAUGAAAGAAGAAACCACCCCUGACAUUGAAGAUCUGCAAAAACCUAUAAAGAUGGCCACUAGGGGCGCAAAAAAGCAAAAACUUAACAAACACAAAACGGAUUUGUCAAGAAAAGAUGAAUCGUCAUCAGAAGAAGAGAAGCAAUGGGUCUAUACUAAAGAAAAACUACUUAAACGAAUCGAAAAGAAACAUGAAACUGCUAUCGUUGAUGAAGUGAAGGGUGCUAAAAGAGUUAGUGAGUUUAUUGAAAAACGAGGGGAGGCAUCGGAACAUCAAACGUCAAAGUCUAGAACAAACCGAGGAAGGGGGAGAUCAAAGAAGAAAAUGCUUGAACGACGAAAGCAAAUGAAUGUGCUAGCUAAGGAGCUUUUCGGAGAACAACUGUCCUCAAGAAAGUGUUCCCAAAACUAUGGCAAGGGUCGUCGUAAUAUCAGAAAGGUUCUUAAUAAGCAAUCGCUUAACCACGCAACCGUUAUUGCGAAUAAGGAAGAGUUUGAGAGAAAACGAAGACUGAAUAACAGGCAGGCUCAAUUGGCGGCGGCGCGCUCGUGCUCGGGCAGCGCGGGCUCGGAGCCGCGCAGCAGCGAGUCGUGCUCGCGCACGGCGUGCAGCGCGCCGCGCGCCGCCACGCGCAGCAGCGCCGCGUCGCGCACGCCGCCCGCCACGCCCUCCGCCACGCCCCACCCGUCCUCGUCCCAGCUGCCGGACAGAACGCGCACUCGGUACACGCGGAAGAUACUCUGUAUGUCGUGCGCGGGGUUCCACGAGGUGUCGAGGAUGAUGACGCGGUUCGCGGCCGUCAUGUUGAGACCUAGGCAACCUGCGCGGGUCGACACUAGGAACAACCUGUGCCACACACUCAUCCAGCAGUUGGAACACAACGUGGAACUUAUUGGAACUCUCGAGUGCGUGCAACAUGUCCCCCCCCUCGAGUGUGGUUCUAAAAAGUCGCUUUUUUUUACAGACCCUUUAGUAAAAACUACGAAAAAAGAAAAAUCUACCCUGGAAGAUAAGCCGACCACUAGUAGUGAUUUUGCCAGUACCUCUACGACAGGUAGCAAAGUCAAGAAAGGGAAAAACAACCAGACGUCAAAAGAAAAACUAUGUAGCGCCGCAGAAGGGGUUACGCCCGACGUCUUAUCUCCCGAUAAAGAAGAAAUGCUAGUCAAAAAAAUUAUGCAAAUAUUAAUUGAGAAUAAUUUUCAUGAAACUAUUCAAGCUGAAGAGCUGACAAAUCUCAUUGUCAAUGUUCGAAGACUUGUUAGUUCUCAUAUGGGUGACCAUGGGCUGCUCAAAGAUCCUAUUGCAGCUGGUAUUGCGUCUGUUCUGUUGCAAGACGAUGCAAUUAUGGGAAAUAAUGUUCCCGAUGAACAGAUUAUUCAAGAUCAUGUGCCUAGUCGAGAUGAAGAACCCAAACUAUCACAGAGAAGAAAGCGAACAAAGAAUAUGAUAUUUGACGUUGAAAAUGACUCCGAUGAUGAUAUUGAAGACGCCCGUAAUGCUUACGAUGACGAUGACGUUGAGUGGACCUGUGACAUAGACACGAAAACUCUAAGACCAUAUGAAAAAAGGAGUAAAACCAAGAAAACACACCUUGAUAAAAAAGUGGAAAAUAUCAAAGAUAAUCAGGACACUGACGAAAACGUCAAAUGCGCUCAAGUCGGAAAUGUCAAAAAAGUCAAAGAUGUCGAAAUUGUCAAACACACUCAGGUCGAACAUGUAAAAGCCACCCAGGACAAAAAUGUCGCAGUUGUCCCCUCAAAUAAUGUCACGCAAUCAGGCAGUAUCCUUAUAAGUGAUGAUGAUGAUGAUGAUGAGGAACCAGUGAGAGAAUCUACAUCUGUUACUCCGAUUGUUCCACCAAAGCCUAAAAUGAAGGAACGACUGAAAGAAAAACAAAAUGUUCCAAACAAGAGGAAAGAGGAGAAAAAAGAGGAAGAAAGAGUGCCAUUACAUCCUAUGAUACUGACGAACGAAAAUUUCAUCAAAAUUGUAGCACACAUGUAUCAAAGGGGUAACUCGAUGUUGUCAGAUGACGCAGCCAAGAUGGCCGCCCAGUACAGUACUAACAAGGCCCGCAGUGAAUACGAGGCUACAGGUGUUCCUAUCAUUAGCGGACCUUUAUAUGAAAUUGCUAUUGAGAGCCUAGGCUUAGAACAACUUAGGAGAAUGCACGAAACUCUAAAAAUUCAGCCAGUUAAGCAGCCAGUUAAGACACCACAGCAACCGUCGACUACAGAGACUACUACCGUUGACUUCUACUCUACAGAGCCUACAAAUGAUGAUGACGUACUAGUCGUUGAUACUGUUGUCGAGAAAAAGAACUGUGUUGGACCGAAGUCUCGAAGGAAGCGAUUCAUUGAACCCUCACCUUCCCCUCCCCCAGUUGUCGAGACAAACCAAAUGAUAACUCCUGAACCGCAACCGCAAAACGUGUUUCCUGUGGGAAUUUUCAAAGGUCCCGCUCAAGCCGCCAAAUCUCAUCCGGCGCAGGUGAUAGAAGAAUGUAUUUUACCCGAUGAUGACGAAGACGAUGAUGUCAUUAUCAGCUCUGUAGUUCAAAGGCCAGUCAGGGUCUUAACUCCGCUGUCUGUAAACAACGAGACUCGAGCAACACGAUCUAGCAUAAACCGGAGCUUUAUCGACAAGCAUAUACCUAUUGGCUGCCAAACUCUCACAACUGAGCCCAUUCAACCCACACAAGUUACUCCAACGCAGGCUAAACCACCUCAAAUACAGAUUACCCAAAUCCAUACUGUGCAGACCAAACCACCUCACAUACAGAGCACCCCCAACCCUGCGAAGCAGACCAAACCUCCCCAAAACCAGAUUACCCCAAUCCAUGCAACGCGGACUAAAACACCUCACUUACAGAUUACCCCAGUCUAUCCAGCGCAGUCAAAACCCCCCGGUAUGCGAUUACUAGAGAUUGACAAAACUACACCGGUCGUUCCAGAAUCGACGACACCAGCACAAAUUAUAACAUCACAAGAAUUAGAUAGUAACGAACCGAUAUGUCUGUCUGACAGUGAUGAUGAAAUAGUGGAGCCUCGUCCAGUUGGAUCCAACAAUCCAACUUCAGAACCUCCAAAUGCAAUUCAAACUGCUUCGAAAAAUACAGCGACCCCAGUUGCACCUUUUGUUGUACAGACUGCUAGCUUUAAAGGCAGCACACCAUUUAUUCUUUCAGAGAAAGCUAGAAGGGUCCUAGACCCUAAUAAGAAGUAUUAUUGCAUACCAGCUUCGACUUUCAUAAAUAAAGGCAUCGGGAAUUCAGGGUUGGAUUCGUCUAUACAAUUGGAUGUUCAAAAUAGAGACAAUAAUAUUUCGAAACCCUCUAUAGUAAUAACGAGUGUCGGUCAAAUUCAAGUAGAUGGGGCUUCACAAUAUCAAACAAACAAUGAAGUAUCCCCACAUGUCAUAAUUUCUCCUUCCCACUUGAGCACCCCGCCCCAACACAGAGGGUCCAAUGAUCAGUAUGCAAAUAACGAUCCUUCCAUGAAAUCUGGAAAAAUCGAAUUGAUAACCACUAAAAUAUACUCUGCAAGCGAUUGUAACAAUCUGUCAGCAGAGACCGCCACUAAUAAAAGUGUACCGAAUGCCCAAAGUAAAGUUUUGAGCCUACCUAUUACUUCGAAUGCAUAUAUUAAAAAUUCGGGCAAACCAAACGUGGUUUCACAAGCUAGUCAUAAAAAUAGAUCUCCAAGUCCCCCUGCUUCGGCUGACCACACGCAACUCUUUAAAGACGUUGUCCAGAUUCAGGCAGAUACGUAUAGAGAAAUACCGAAGGUGGUAAUUACUAAAACGAAACCUACUGUUGUAAAAUUACCAUUGAAAAAUGAUUUGCAUCACACACACAAGCAAACAUCAAAAAGUAUCGCACACACGAGCAGAGAUCGUCCCGUGGUGACAGCCAAACCAUCAUCCACUGUGUUUCUAAAAGGAUCAACAAAUGAGAAUGGGAACAAUAAAUUGAUGAUCUUAAAAAAAGUAGAAAAGAUGAAAGAUGACAAUAUGAAUAAAUCUAGUUCAAGUUCAAAAGUAAUUAAAGUGGAUAAAGCGGCGACGAAGAAGAUGGCGGUCAGCUCUUUUAUUGAUCUCACAGACGUUCCAGAAAAAAAGCAGAAAGUGGAAAAACGGCCCGCGCCGUACAUUGAAAAACCGGUAAAAAAACAAAAAAAACUGCUGACGUUAGCAGACUUCACUUUGGAUGAUAUUGAUGAUAUAACGGAAUUAGAAUAGAUAGGAAUUAGUAUGUAUAAAUAAAUAUAAUGGUUAUUAUUUUAAUGAAACUUGUAUCAAUAUGAUAUGUUAUUUCUAUGGAAGUUUUUUUUUUCAGUACAGUUUGUUUCCUCAUAUUUUGUGAUAAAAAUACGUUAAGAGUGCACGGACAGGCGCCAUUAGCGCCAAUGAAUUGUAAAAUAAUUAAGAAUAAGGCAUAGUUUUUAAGUGUUAUAAUAACUCUUACAAUAAGAUUUUAUGUUUAUGUUUGUCCAAACGAACCCUGGUUUGUUUUAUGUAUAAAAAAAGAGAUUUACAUAUUAUAGCCAGAAAAAAUUAUUGUUUUCUUUGAAGUACAAUACUUACGACGUUUGUAAUACAUGGAAAUAUUCUUGGUGUAAUAAAAGUAUAGCGAUAUAA